CAGGCGUCUUUAAAUUGUUCUUGCAUUUCCAGUGUUUAAUUCAGGGUCUCGACAGCCUGGGCUAUGGGUCAAAUUCUGUUUAAACUCUUGCCAUCAAGCCCUUGGUGCUAGUAGGAAACGAACAACGUCCCAAAGAAAUCCCAAAUAGACAUGUCAGGACACAGCCAACAGUAGAUGGCUAUACACUUCGACAAAAAUGGCAAAGUGUUGUUGAACGUGGAAAACUCCCAACAAUAACCUCUAGGCCCUCUGUAGGAUUCAAAAGAAAUUGAUGGAUCCCGCUCCCAGAAGUUUACAUGCUAAUUGAAUGCAGGCACGCACGCACGCACAGAACACUGUGAGUUUGUCGUGUGGCACUGACUAAGUGAAACAGGAUUUGGUGGAUGAGGGUGUAGAUGAGUAGUAGAAGUCUGGUGGAAGAGAUGAGAUUAAACCUGGCAUUUAAUGUAGGCGCAAUAGUUAGAUAGAAGAUAGAAAAAUCAAGUGCUAGUGAAAAUUACCAGCUCCUUAAGAUUGUCAAACGUUAGAAAACCCUGUAAACUUUGAUUCAACAAAUUAGAUCAGAGUGCAGUUAAGGAUGGAUGCACUUCUUUAAUGAAAUUAGUAUUUUUGACAAAAAUAAGAACUACAAAAUUCUGAAGUCUUCUUUAUUUAAUAAGCUUGUUCCUGGAACUAUGAACUGAAACAUUUGAUUCUUCAGCAGAUAGGAAACUAUGUCAAAGAAUCUUCUGAUGUCAUAAUUUCUGGGUGUCACUAGAACAUUUGGUCAUCAUCCCUUGGCAAUUCCCUUCUAUGGACAGUCAGUAGAAGCGGUUGAUUUAUUCACCUCUACAGGAAUCAGACUUGGCUUAUUUUGAUUUUCAGUGAAUUAUGCCUUUUCGGUUUGGGACCCAGCCAAGGAGCUUUCCACUGGAAGGAGGAGAUUCUUCAGUUGGGCUGGAAUUGGGGCUGAGCUCCAGUGCUGCCUGUAACGGGAAAGAGAUAUCACCAACCAGGCAACUUCGAAGAUGCCCUGGAAGUCAUUGCCUGACAAUAACCGAUGUUCCCAUCACUGUCUAUGCAACAAUGAGAAAGCCACCUGCACAAAGCAGCAAGGAAAUGCAUCCUAAAUAGCAUCAUGAAGUCUUUUGUAGAGGGUUGACUAGGUCAAGGGUAAUGGGCAAGGAUCAUCUUAUAAUCUGGUAAACAAAUAAAGUGGUGGCACUGUUGGAUGAUGACAA